GUAUUGUUGUUGGUUCCGCAGUUGCCAGCGUGCGUGCGUACAGGACGCAACGUAUCGGGGUAUACGCAAUUUUAGAAGCGCAGAGAUGGAGAUUUCAAUGCUGACCAUUCUCCUGGCUUUUCCAGCCUUUAGUACUCAGAACAGGUUACUUGUCAUAAACUCUAAACAGAACGAAAUGCUUUCUCAGUUUAGUCACGCUCUCCCUGGACACUCUUCAAUGACAAUUAUCCAAACCUUCUCCCGACCCCAAACCCCAACCUUCUCCCGACCCCAAACCCCAACCUUCUCAUCCUACAUCGAAAACCAGAGUUCGGUUUCAACCCCCUUCCAGUCCCUGCUACACAAGCCCCCUCAGACUUCUCCACAAGAACAAAGAAACUCCUUCUUCUCUCAUCCCUCACCUGUAUCUUUGGAUAGGUCAGCUCCUACCAUAACCAGAGCUAUUUCAAGUGAAAGUUCUUCUCAAGAAUCAUUUUCAAGUUUGUCCCAUGAAUCUGAGGAAUAUGGAGCGUCUCCAGCAUUAUUACAAUACACAUCUUUAAACAAUGAAUUCAAACAAUCCAGGGAAACGAAUCCUCCACUUUUGGAGGUAGAGGUCUAUCAUGCUCCUUUGAAUCAAGUCCUACCAACAAAUAUGAAUAAACAUCCAUACCAAACAAACUUUGAUCUGGAUACAGUUGAAACUCCAAGAAAUCUAUUUAAUGAACCAACCUCAAAUUUUGAACUUGUUAAAGAAGGUGGAAUGAGAAGUUCAUUUUCACAGCAUUCUCUAAUUGAUUCUGAAUUGCUUCAAGGUGAUCCACUGGCGUAUUCUGAAGAAGAGAUCAUGAAUGAAGAUUAUGAUAUGUUGAUAAAGAAUGAUGACACUUCUAGUAUACCGGGUCCUUUUGCACCGAGAUUCAAGAUUGAUAAGUGGGAGGUACCUCAAGAUGAAGCAAAAAUUGAGAUUGAAUACAACUUUUUAAACACUGGACUUGUACCAGGUGUUUUACCUACUGUACCUGGUGGCCUGGUGAACAUAAACUAUGGAUUACAUGCCUGUGUUCAUCUUGGAUCUGAACUAAGUCCAAAUCAGACAGCCAAUCCUCCAACAAGGAUUAGUUUUCCUUCCAAACCUGAGAACUAUUAUACUCUUGCUAUGAUAGAUGCUGAAUCAAGAAAUCUGCAUUGGCUUAUUGUUAAUAUUCCUGGAGGAAAGGUAGAUCAAGGAAAUGUGAUAGCAGUAUAUCAGCCGCCAUCUUCAAAAUAUAGUACCGGAAUGCACCACUAUGUAGCUGUGGCGCUAGUGCAGCAAGAAGGCGCUUUUUUGAACGGACUAGAGGAUUAUAUGGCUUCAACAUGUGACUGGAAAAACAGAGAAAACUUUGAAAUCUCCAGACUGAUGAAUAGGUUCAGUCUAAACAUUAUUGCAGGAAAUUUUUUGAGAUCCAUGCACGAUUAUGAGUUUUCUGAACAGUUCUGCAAUUACUCUUACUUGUAGCUUUAAAGGCAUCGAUAUCACCGAAAAGUGGUUUUAAAACAUUAAGUGUAUAUUUAAUUUAAAUUAUAUCUUGUUAUCCUCUUUGUUGAUGAAUUAUUAUAUCAAAAUAAACAUAAAUAGUAAUAAGAUGGUACAAA